AUGGAAAAUAAUUAAGAAGGAGAUAAUCAUAAUGAAACUGAAGAAGAACAUCAAUAAAUUGAACCUUAAGAGACUGAAAAAAAUGUUUAAUAAUAAAAUUCUAACUCUAAAUUAUAAGAAAAUUCUCCUUAAAAGUAAACUAAGGAGUAGUAAAAUAAUAAAUAGCAAUAAGAAGUAAAUCCAGAAGGAGAAGAAUAAUUAGAUGAAGAAGAUAUCGAUGCUAAUUCAUUUACUCCAAGAAUGAAAGAUGCAUGUAAACGAGAAGGAUUUAAGAAGGAAGACUUAAUAUAAAAAGGCAAAGACCUGAUUAGCUAUAUGCUAAAAUAAAAAGAUCCAUCAGGUAAACAAGAUUGAUUUUCUAAAGGCUAAUUGGCAAACGAGGAAGUUAUAUAAAUGGUAUUCGAUCAUUUUGAGGAAAAACGCCGACAGAAGAUUUAAGUUGUUCGUCAAAUGAGACAAAAAAUCUUGUAAGAAGAAUCAUAAGGAUUAUGGCCAAAUUAGAUGACUAAUUCUAGUGUCUUUAGAAGCACUUCAUCUUUAGCUGAUAAAAGAGAGAAACUAUUAAGUAGUAUACGUAAAAGGUAAGAAUUAGAAAUAGAAAAAAUAAUUAAUUCAGAAUAGAAAAUGGAUGAAUUGGCCAGAUAUAAUGCUGAAAAAGAAAAAAGAAUUAAAGAAAAAGAAAAAUAAAGAGACUUAAAAAUAUAAUGGUAAAAAGAAUAAGCUGAAAAAAAAAGAUUAUAAUUAGAAGAAGAUAGACGAAAAAAAGAAGAAGAAGAAAAAAGAAUUUAAUUAGAAUUAGAAGAGUAAUACAAAAUUAAAGAUUAAAAAAGAAAAUAGAGAGAAGAAGAAUUAGAAAGAAAAAGAAAAGAAGAAAAUAAAUAUAAAGAAGAACAAAGAUUGGAAAAAUAAAAAAAAAUUUAAUAAGAUAGGGAAUAAUUUUUAUAACGAUAAUAAGAAAUUUAAGAUAUUAGAUUAAAAGAUUUACAAGAGAAAGAUUUAAGAAGAUCAUAAAAAUUUGAAGAAGAUAGAUAAAAAAGAAUAGAGAAAGCAGAAUAGGAAAGAUUAGAAUAAGAGGCUAAAUUAGAAUAGGUUAGAAAAUUAAACGAAGAAUAAUUAAAUAAAAAGAGAUUAGAUUAUGAAAAAAAAUAAUAAGAAGUAGAAUAAUAAAGAUUAUUUUUUGAAACAUAAUAAUAAGAAUAUAAAAGAUAGAAAGAAAAAGAAGGAGAAAUGAAAUAAGAAGAAAUAAAUAAAGUCAUUAAAUAAAAUGAAGAAUAGAUGAAAAAAAAAGUAUUAGAUUAUGAAAAAAAAUAAUAAGAAUUAUAAUUAAAAAAGAAAAAAUAAGAAGAAGAGUAAAAACUAUAUUAAAUAGAAAAACAGAAAUUGUUUUAAGAGAAAGAAAGAAAGAUUCAAGAAGUAUUAAUAAGAAAUGAAUAAUAAGCUGAAUAACAUAAACAAUAAUUAUUAAAGAAAUUAGAUUAGGCUAAAGUUAAAUGUGAAAAAAUUGAAAAAGAAAAAUAGGAAGAAUUAACAAGAAAAUUAGCAUUUGCAUUUAUUAAAGAAUUAGAUAAAUAAGAUAAUUUAUAAAGACGUGAAUAGUUAGAUGAACUUAGAAAAGAAUAAUUAGAAUAAAGAAUUAAAUAAGACUUAAUUAAAAGCUAAUAGAUUUAAAUGGAAAAAGAGCAUUUGAUAAAAAUGAGUGAAUAAUUAAGAAAAGAAGCAGAAGAAAAAAGAUAAUAGUAACUCUUAGAAAUAGAAAAAGAAAAAAAGAAGAAACAUUCAAUGAAUUCACACAGAAUUGUUACAGAUAUGAGCAAAUCUAAACUAUCAAAUCGUGGAGGUGAAGAAUGAAUAUCAGAU